UAAUCAGAACUAGAUAACUGACUACACGCAUACGAAACGGGCUUUUCUCCAGGGCUCAUCAGGCCAUUCGCAUGUUUUUUCAGUUUUUUAAUUAAAAAUCAACAAAACCACAAGCAUUUUACAAGGUAAGACCAAUCAAAUCCCUUUCAAAUAUAGUCGCGCUAUUCAUAACCACCGCAAGAGACGACGUGACCCCGCCGCUCUCCAUCAAUUGACCAAAUGUGGAUGCAUGAUAGCCAAUUCAUGAUUUCAGAUCAUUGGUACCGGCCAUCUUGGCUAUGGUUAUGGAAAUUACGGUUUUAAGGGUUUCAAAUCGCGCUCCAUUUUCUCUAUGUUCAAAACGCAGAGACUGGGACACCAUAACGACAGGCCACAAACAAGAAGCGGAGAAACAUCAAAACAUGGUCAUUAAUGCAAAUUCUUUUGCAAAGACCAUAUGCUCUAUAUGCUACGAUGAUCUCAAGCCAAUCGUCGAAGAUCUCCAAGCCAUCUCAAUCUGCGGUCACGUCUUCCAUGAACUCUGCCUGCAGCAAUGGUUCGAGUACUGCUCAAAUUCAAAGAAGUGCAGUUGUCCUGUGUGCAAGCAGAGCUGCACUGGAAGCAACGUGGCCCGGCUUUAUUUUCAAUCAUUAGGAGAUCAAAACGAAUCGGUCUUGUCUCAGAAGGUGAUUGAAUGCAAAGAGGAUCCUGAGCUGUUGCGUGGAGAAGUUAAGAGGUUGGAGGUGAAAGUGACCGGUCUCACUUCAAAUUUGGAGCGUCAAGACAAGGAAAUUAAUCAGCUCAAUGAGGAGUUGGAUCUUAGCAAGGGCCAGUUAAAGAAAGAAGUCGCAUUGAAGAAUGAUGUGAUGGGACAAAAAUCUGCAAUUCAGCAGUUGCUUCUUCUGAAAUCUGAGGAGCUUGAUAAUGUGAAGUUGGAGUGCUUAAAGCUGCAAGACAGGAACAUGGCCUUAGCCAAAGAGCUUGCAGCAUUGAAACUGGUUUCAAAUUUGAACCUGGAGGAAGAUGAAAUUUUAAAGUUUGCAUCUUUUGGGAAUGAAGCCAGUAACACAGAUACCAUAGAUGUCUUAAGGAAGUCAUUGGUUGUUCGAAAUAAGAGUUACAAAGAAUUGAUGUCCAAGUGCAAUCAACUUGGAAGGGGAGAGGCACGUUAUUGUAAAAAGCUUGAGAAGGCAAAAGAAAAGAUAAGCAAACUGAAGACAAGGAUCCAAGAAUUUGAGAUGACUGUUGAAGUAAAAGACAAUGAAGCUUUGAAGGCCUUAAAAGCCUCUAAGAAGGUUCAUUGCAAAGAGGUUACUCUGAAUGGUGCUAAUGAUAACUCGAGUGCUUUACUCUCCAGCCUUUUUGCCUCAGAAAAUAAGAAGGAAAAACAUUUUAAAUCUGCAUCCAUAUCAGAUCAAACUGGAAACUUUAACAGUGAUCAAGGAAAUCUUAAUAUCAUUAGUGGUAUUCUUGCUGAUUCCAUCAAAGAAUGUGCUAGUAUUAUGGCUCUUAAUAAGGAGAUAGGUACUUCAACUGUAAUGGAAGAGGCUCCUUUCGAACAUCCUUCAGUGCAUGUAUUGUCAGAUACUGAUUUAGAACAUCCACUUAGUGGAGAUGUGAAGUCUAUCCUUGCAAAAUCAGAAAUACUUUCUGACAUUAACAGCAAAGCUAAAGUGAAUGGAACAGCUAACCCAGGUGGGAAAUUGUAUACAAGACCUUGCACUGGUACUGAUAAAGGCAAUAUGUCGGCUGCUUCUACUGAAGAUGAAGUCAUGUUGGUUAAUGAUGUCAGAUAUGUUCGGCCUAUGCUCAACAUAAGAAAAGAAUCCCCAUCUGUUUCAGUUUCCAAACCAGGGGAUAUAUGCUUUUCCAGUGGAUUGCUGGGUCCUGAUGGAACAAACCGGUAUUUGGGGAAAUGGUGCAAGCGCAGUCGAAAUAAGGAACCAUCAGCCUUGCAUAGUGCAAGUACAAGUAGUGGUGAUUUAAUUGCAGUUGGAUCUGAUGGGAGAGGUGGUAGAAUCAAAGUUUUGAGGUCCCUGAAUGAAUCCCCAUUGGAUGCUAAGGAGAGUUCUGUGGCUGCAAAGAGAUGCAAAUAUGGAGCCAAAGCAAGCAAUUUGCAGUCUCAAGGUUGUUUGCAAAUAGAACACUUCUUUGGGAGGGCCACACAGUAAUCAAAGGUGUGUAUGUCUCAGUUGUAGUUUCUUGUGGCUGAGAAGAAAAGAAUGCAUCCCAGUCAUGUUUGUAUAUUUGGAAGAAAUACUAAAAGAAGUCAAGGGCCUUCUUCUCUUGCUCAAUUUUCCUACCUCCUGGCCUUUCAUAAUUUUUGUUUUGGUAACGAAAAGGGCAAGAGCUCCUGAACUUCCAUAAUUUAAUUAAGCAGCAAAGGGGUUGAUGCGCUCUGCACUUUAACCCCUCUGCCAUUGCCAUUUCAAAACGUUAUUCAACAUUAUUAGGAUCGCGUUGCUCAGCUUUUUGAAGAAAGAGCUUUUGUACUGUUUUGAUGUAUAUAGUAUUUGUUACUUUAUGAAUCUUAUUUUGUUUA